AUAAGAGAGAGGACUUUAAAUCCCGGCGAUCACACGCGCCGCGCUGCUUUCCGGUGGCGCGUAUAAGAGGAGGCGGGAGACCGUACACACGCGGUCGGAUUUUGAACGCUCGUGUCUCGCCUGUUGUUGUUGUUGUUGUUAUUGUUAUUGUGCGGGGUUUUGUUUAGUUUUGUUUUGAACUGAGUUGGUGUGCGCCGCGUGCUCCGUGGAUGGGGCCCGCGCGCCGCCGCGCUCCGCUCCGCCAAGCGGGCCGACGGUAGCGCGCGACUCGCGCCGCACGGGACCAUGGUCGAAAGGAGCGGCAAGUUCCUGUUCGCCGUCGUCGGCUCGGCGCUCUUCAUGCUCAUCCUCUAUCAGUACGCGGCGCCCGGCGGCGUGACGUCCAACUUCGGCUUGCCGCGCGCCUAUGCGCCCGAGGACGACGACGCCGACGCGUUCCCCACUCCCGACCCGCACUACGUCAAGAAGUACUACUUCCCCGCACGCGACCUCGAGCGCGCUGUCGACUUCCAGAUCAAGGGCGAUGACGUGCUAGUGUUCCUGCACAUCCAGAAGACCGGCGGCACCACGUUCGGCCGUCACCUCGUGCAGAACGUGCGUCUCGAGCUGCCCUGCGACUGCCGACCCGGUCAGAAGAAGUGCACGUGCUACCGGCCCAACCGCAAGGAGACCUGGCUGUUCUCGCGCUUCUCCACGGGCUGGAGCUGCGGACUGCACGCCGACUGGACCGAGCUCACCAACUGUGUGCCCGGGGUUAUCAAUAAGAAGGAGAGCAAACUGAAAAGCCAAAGGAAGUUCUACUACAUCACCCUACUGAGAGACCCGGUUUCACGCUACCUCAGCGAAUGGCGACAUGUCCAGCGAGGCGCCACCUGGAAGACGUCACUGCACAUGUGUGACGGACGCACACCGACCCCAGAAGAGCUUCCACCCUGCUACGAAGGCACAGACUGGUCGGGCUGUACCUUGCAGCAGUUUAUGGAGUGCCCCUACAACCUGGCCAACAACCGGCAAGUGCGCAUGUUGGCCGACCUCAGCCUAGUGGGCUGCUACAACAUGUCUUUCAUCCCCGAGAAGAAACGUGCUCAGAUCCUGCUGGAGUCAGCCAAGAAAAACCUGCGUGACAUGGCCUUCUUUGGUUUGACGGAGUUUCAACGCAAAACACAGUACCUAUUUGAGCGCACCUUCCACCUCAAAUUCAUCCGACCAUUUGUGCAAUACAACAGCACACGUGCAGCCGGCGUUGACCUGGACAACGACACCAUCCAGCGCAUAGAGGAGCUUAAUGAGCUGGACGUGCAGCUCUACGACUAUGCGCGCGACCUUUUCCAGCAGCGUUAUAUGUAUAAGAGGCAAUUGGAAAGGCGUGAGCAGAGGCUGAAGAACCUUCGACGCUCGUCUGGCUCUAUAGUUUCUCCCAUGUCCCGGGAUGAGGUGGGUGACUCGGAAGCCUCGCGGUUGUCCACAGAAGACUACAUGAACCAUAUUAUUAAUCGCUGGUAGUAGGAUUGAAGGAAAAAGAGGUGCGGAAGCUUGGGGAAAUGAGGAAGGUGCUGCCGACCUCUGUGUCGGUGACCGGUAUUCUCAGCCCCCUAGAUUGUGCGCUGCUGACCCUUACCAGGAAAUCUUGACAUCCAGUGAGCUCUUUCUGCCUGGAUCAUGCCUAGAAUGAUGUGAGGCUGAAGACCUUAAUGACUCAAGGCACUAAGCCCAGCCUUCAGCUUAAAAAGAGUUGAGUUCUAUGGGUUGAAUAACUCAUAAAUGCUAAAGACUAUAGGAAUUCUGUGCAAGGAAUACCUUAAGAGAAUGAUCAAGGGAACAUUGUAUAGUUAUUUGCCUAAAUGUCUGCUGCCAUUUCAGCCAUGGUUUUGAAACAAUGAUGUUCCAUAUCAUAGUUUGGAUGUUUUGUUUUCUUUUCAGGGUUCUUUCAAAUGAUUUUGUUCCCACCUCCUACAAGAGGUUUUUUUAAAGUACUGAGACCAACUAUGCUGCCUAAAGUCUAUUGUAUGCAAUUUUUCAGCUUUGUUUAGUCAUUGUUUAAAGAAGAAGAAGAAGAAGAAGAAGAAAACUUGAGAAGAAUUGUUUAAUUUUAUUUUGUCAUAACAUAUUUUGUUAUGUUCGUUUUUAUGACCAGAUAUGUGUGGACCAUAGCCAUUAUUUAAACCUACAGCAUACUGUACGGCGUUAAGUUAGCUAAAGGUGAGAGCUAAAUCUGAACACCGAGGUUGUCAAAUAUCUUAUAUCAUCUAAUAUCAACCAGGAAAAAGUGGAUUUAACCAGCACAGUCCCAAAUGUUACUCUGUGUUCACACUGGCCACAACAUGCCAUGACAAAGCAGCCGGAAGUCAUGCAUUUUCAACGACAGAUAGCAAUUAGAGUGGCAAGAGGCGAAGCAACCAUUUGCGAUUCGGAGUGGGAGGGGCAGAGCAAGCAAUGCAAAACUCUUGAGUGGCGUUAUGCAAGUAGGAAGUGAAAAAAUUUGGCGACUACCAAAGGGAGCGAGAGAUUGGGGUAUAUUUGCCCCACAGUUAUCCGUGUUUUUUUGAUUCCAGAUACUGGUUCCCAGUCACAGCUCCCGAACCAGCUAGUGACAUUCACUUUGCUAAGCUUGAAGUGUAUGACGUGUCUAAACAGAAUUCUGUCAGUGUUCAUGCUGCAAAUGGUUGUCGAUGUUUUCGUGGGGAUUAGUCGACAUGUUCAAAAACAAAUGCCAUUAAUACACGAUCAUUUUCGAUUCAGUUUCAUUUGUAUAGCGCUUUUAACAAUAGACAUUUUCACAAAGCAGCUUUACAUAAAUCCAGAUGCAGCUAUAGAUCCCUCUAGACAGAGCAAGCCAGAGGUGGCAGUGGCAAGGAAAAACUCCCCGAGACGUCAUGAGUAAGAGACUUGUAGAGGAACUUAAAAGGGAAGCCAUCCUCUUCUGGGUGACACUUAAUAGUGUGAUUGUAAAUGAUUACACCGUAUAGGUACAGAAAAGUUAAGCCAAACGGUACAAAGUGAUUCAAAAGGAUGUUGAGAGUCCUGGGAUGAGCACAGGACAGGCUUUACUACUCCAGCAGUAGUCUUUGAUGAUUUGUCUUUAAACGGGUGGUUUUGCGUACGUUCUGUAGCUACAGUACAUAUGUAGUUUGUACAGUUAUAGCACACACUAGCCAAGAAAUAGCAGGGAAACCAUAGCAAAUGUCAGUAACUCAGGAUGUGAACGCCUACUAGCAACCAACAUACACGGGCAGUGUGAACGCAGGGUUAAAGCAUACUGCUUAAUACCUAGGGUUAGGGUUAGUAUGGGUUAGGGUUAGGGUUAGGGUUAACCCUAACCCUAGGCUUAAUACCUACAUGGAAGACAUCUUGAUUUAAAAGGGAAUCUAUGCUUUAUUUGAUUUUUAACCUGUGAUAGGAUCUACAUGUCAUGACGGAAAUGGAACAGAAUGUCAACAGACUGAGUCAGGAAACAAAAAAGUUUCAGAUCAUAGUGAAAAACAGACAGCCUUUUUAAAUGUCAUCAAUGCUCUCAGUUCCCCUUGACUACCCAUUUUUGUAUGGAUGAGGAUGGAUGUGUCCAUUAUUUAUACAUUCUAUAUAGUCUGAAUGUGAACACCAUGGAUUUUCUUUUGUGUGUGUGUGUGUGUGUGUGUGUGUGUGAUGAUGAUGAUGAUGAUGUCUUGCCAUGGUCUGCAGGGACUGAAGCUAAAGUGAGUUAUCACAGGCCUCCGCUAACUGCUCUCAUACUGUCAACAACUGCACUUGACAAAUAAACCCGACCAAGCCUGAGGAACGAAACGGUGACAUUUGGAAAUGUGAGUUGGCACCACUGGAAAUCUAGCUGUCUUCAAGCUAGCAGAACAAACAAUUGUAUGUCUGUUCAUUGCGUCGGACUAUGAAAAGCAAGAAACUACUGUUUUUGGUGAGCGCAAAUGCAUAUUUAACCAAAUGUGAAAUACUUUAUACUACAAAAGAAGCUUGGCGUGAAGUGUUUUCAAGGUUGCCUUUUCUCUAAAGUCAUUCUGUUGAUUGGCAACCUAUAGUGGGCAAUCCGGUGUUCACGGAACAUAUAUUAAUGUCCAACAUGCAGACUAAUUACAAACCUUCUUAAAAAGCUACACUGUCCCCCGACGAUGGCGGUGAACGUCGUCUCCAGUUUGUUUGUCCAUCACAUUCCAGUUGCUCCAAUUUUUGGUUCUUAGCAUUGCACAAAUGUAUCACUGAAAGCCACAAAUAAAAGAAAUUUCAUUUUUAUAUAUGAA